CCCUGGGAAGAAGUGAGGUGUGGAGCCAAGACACAACAAGUUCAAACAGAGAAAAUUACCAUAAUACACUUUGUCUCUAAACGAAGAAUGUCGGAUACACGUUCCAGUGUUUCGAAUACCAUAAUGAGCAGCGCCAGUGCCGACAGUUCUCCAGAUUUCAUCCCAGCCAGCCCAGGUACAUCCAGUGACAUCAAUGAUACUCCAAAGUCACACAGACUCGGGGUCUUCCAACACCAGCAAGAGCGAUUUCGCUCCCAGAAAUCAACACUGAGCUCUGAGCCUGCCGUGAUGAGUGUACCCGACACGGAUGAUGAAGAGGAGGAGGAUGAUGAUGAAGUAGUAAAUAGGUCUAAUAUCAUAAGUGAAUCUCAAGAUGAAAAUUCAUUUUUAUCAGAUGAAUCGGACAUUCUUGAAUCAAAUGUGAAGGAAAUGACAGCAUGUACGGAGAAUUCUGCGGACCUUAUAGAAUCUCCAGAAGUUCCUCCAGUAAGAUCACGCCAAACAUUAUUAACACCUGCUGCUGAAAUAGUUUCACUAAAGCAUUCUCAGCGAGCAAAGGGAAAUGGUGAAGGAGAAGGUGGAAUGAUGUCUAGUACACCAACUUAUAACAUUCAAACUCCCCUAAACUCCUGGAGAAAUUCAACCUCAAUCUUGCAAUCUGAUGAUGAUGAUGUUGAUGAGGAUGUUCAAAGUUCAAUAUCUGUACCAAAUCAGAGGAAGAAUAGAACUACCUGUAUUAUAGAUUUAGAAUCAGAUUUAAGCCCUAAUACAUUGAGUCUUGGCAGUCAAUUUAAAAGUUGGAGAGUACCCCAAAAAGAAAAGGGAAAACAGAUUAGGCCUGAGUCACAGAGAAAGGAGACACGAGGGGCUGCUGUAGAUGUAAUUGACAUUUCUGAGGAGUUCGAUAGUCCUGUACCGAAGUUCACGAGAAAGCAGGCACUGGUUAUUGACAGUGAUAGUGAGAGUGAAGACUUCUCUCCUCACAGGACAGGGAGUAUACAUCAGUUAAUGCAUAAUAACCUGUAUGAUGAUGAAGAUGACUUACCAGACUUAAAUCAGUCCAACAUUUACCUACCGAUACGAAAGACAAAGAAAGAAAUUGAUGAUGAUUCUCCAGUUAUUGAUUUAUCCCCUGAGAAAGAUAAACCUUCAACACCACAAGAGAAAUAUGGACAUAAAUAUGUAAUAAAGAAAAGAUCGCCACAAACAACACAGUCAUCGAGACCAACUCUCAAUUCACCUGUUAUUAAUGACUCCUCAUCUUCAUCAAACCAGUCUGGAAGCCUUUUGGAAGUGUCUGCAACAUCUGUAGGUAAUAUAAGUGGACGGAGCCUGCCAUCGUCCAUGUCAUUAUCUGAUAUGACCACAGAUGAAAUGAAACAGAAAUUGAAGCAGAAAAAACUUGUGAUGCGUACUGCCAAUAUAUCGGCUCUACCAGACAAGGGUGCCAAGCUCAAAUUGCAAAUAGAUGAGUUGGAAGAGGCUUUGUCUAACCUUAGUGUGGAGAGUAUACAGAGUAUGUCAAGUGGUCAUGGUAGCCCCAAUGUACAGUCUGAUAUUUCUCUUGCCUCUUCUGGUAGUGAUGUAUCUGCACAGAGUGUUUCCAGUCCAGAGAUGUCUUCCACUUCAGUUGUUUCAAGUAAAAGCUCCCGCUCUCCUUCAUUUCAUUCCAUAAAUGAGUUGGAAAUAAAGUUGCAACAUAAAAAGAUGGUUUAUGGUGCUACAAAUCUGUCAUUACUCCCAGAUGGUGGGACAAAGCUGCAGAAACAGAUACUUCAGUUGGAGAAAGAUAUAGCUCAAAAGAAGGGCAUUACUGUGCAACGAUUUGAAGCUCGACCUCAUCAAACUUCAAAUGACACUGUUCUACGUACUGUAGACGUAGUGUCGGCAAGCAAAGAAGUGGAGAGUAAAUUGGAUGUUGCUAGAAGAAAACUGAAGGAAGUUCAGAUGGUGUAUCGUGCUGCCAACAUAAGAUCACUUGAUGAUGGUGGACAGAGACUAAGGAAGCGCAUUACUGAAUUGGAGAAGGAGAUAAUGAUGCUAGAACUUAAGACUAGUAUCAACUUGGCAACAUCAGAAGAAAAAAUCAUCCAUGUUGAUGGUCCUCAACAAAGUUAUCAACAGACAAAGCUACUGGACUACCCACAUUUCUCAGCAACUAACCCAAAACCAAAGGUGCACCCAUCACAACCUCAGCUGUCUCAACAUGUCCUGAAUGCAAUGUAUGCUGCUGAUAGGGACUACACUUCCCGUGAUUAUGGAGGAAAGAUCUCAUCUGCUCGUGAACGGGAGAUGGUAAGAAUCACAGGAGAUGCUAUAGAGGGUCUCCACAAUGCCCUGAAAUCAGCUCCUGAUGUUGAAGAGGUAGAGGAGCAACAGCCAGAGGGUUUAAAGGUGCCCCUCUUGGUUCACCAGUCUCGUGCACUUGCUUGGCUUCUCUGGAGGGAGAGGCAGUUACCUCCUGGUGGUAUUCUUGCUGAUGACAUGGGCCUUGGCAAAACUCUGGCUAUGAUCUCUUUAAUUUUACGUCAUCAAGAAUUAGUUAAAGAUGGAACUAUUAUUGAAGACUUCUCCUCAGUGAAAGACUCUGACAACGAAAGUGGAGAUGAUGACAACCAAAAGAGUGGUGGAUGGAUUCAAAAUAAAUGUGCAGGUCCAUCGAAAUGCCGUUCUCUAGUGCCAUCCAGUGGCACAUUGGUGGUGUGUCCAGCUUCCCUUCUUGGUCAGUGGCAGGGAGAAGCUCAACUGAGGGUCUCCAGGAGAAAAUUGAAGAUCCUAGUUUAUCAUGGGACCAACAGAGAGAUGGAUAUCCGUUCCUUGGCUCAGUUUGACCUUGUAAUCACCACUUACCAACUGGUUAUGAAGGAAGCUUUUCCUAGUGGCAAAGAGAAGGUGAAGAAGAGUAGCAAGGAUGCUGUUCCAAAGGUAAAAGCCAAGAGUCAAGGCCGUCUUUUUCGUGUCGGCUGGACCCGUAUUAUUCUAGAUGAAGCACAUGUUAUUCGGAACCAUAAGAGUAAGACAGCCCAAGCAGUGUGUUUACUUCGAGGUGGUCGGAGAUGGGCCUUAACAGGAACACCUGUUCAAAACCGUGAGAUGGACCUGUACUCUUUGGUGCGCUACCUGAGAGCUUCACCUUUUGAUGAUUAUACUUGUUGGAAGCUACAGGUCUCCAAUAGCAGUGCAGUUGGAAUGCGCCGACUGGGUCUGUUGGUGAAAGUUCUUAUGCUGCGGAGAACCAAGGACCAAGUUGAUCAGAAGUCAGGCAAAAAGAUGGUGGAACUCCCAGAGAAGAAGAUUGUACAGCACAAAUUAUCUCUCACUCAAGAGGAGCGAGAGGUAUAUGACCGUGUGUUCACUUUCUCAAGAUCAACACUAAUUCAGUACAUGAAGACUAGUGAAGAGAAAGAGCGUGAGAAACUAGAGAAAUGGCCUGGCAAGAACCCUGUUAACACUACUCAGACUCAUGAGAAAGUUGAUGAGAGUAAGUAUACCCCAACAUUAACUAGUGAAGGGGCUGUGAGAGGGGAGGUCAAAGCACAUCAUCUCCUUGUCCUUCUUCUUAGACUCCGUCAGAUCUGCUGCCAUCCUUCACUCAUUCAAGGGAUAGUUGAAGCUCACAGUCAAGAAAUAGACGGGAUGGAUCCUAAUGUUCAGGAUGGCCUCGAACUAGACUUGGUAUCCCAGAUGGCUGACAUGAGCCUCAUGUCUAUAGAGGAGAUGAAACGCCAAGCAGAUGACAAAGUUAAGGAGAAGGUGUUAACCAUGGACAACCCUAUCUUCCAGACAACAAGACAAAGCUCCAAGAUUGAACGACUUAUCGAGGAAAUUAAAAAAAUUCGUCGUUUGGAAACGAAAGAAAAGUCUGUAAUUGUUUCCCAGUGGACAUCAGUGUUGGAUAUUGUCCAUAUGCAUCUAAGAGAAGUUGGCAUUAAGUGUCACACUAUAUCUGGUAAAGUUCUAGUCAAGGAGCGUCCUGCCAUUGUCAGUGAUUUCAACAUGAAUCCCCGAGGGGCACAGGUAAUGUUACUCUCCUUGGCUGCAGGUGGAGUUGGACUCAACUUGAUUGGUGCCAACCACCUUUUCUUGCUUGACCUGCAUUGGAAUCCCCAACUAGAAGCACAAGCCUCUGACCGCAUCUACCGAGUUGGCCAGACUAAACCUGUGACAAUUCACAAAUUUGUGGUUGAGAAUACUGUAGAGGAAAAGAUCUUAGAACUUCAACAGAAGAAAUUGCAACUUGCAGAUGAUGUUUUGUCAGGUGCAAAGCGCUCCUUACAAAAUAAGCUCACACUGGAUGACAUGAAGACUCUCUUUAAUGUAGUGUGAAACAGUGUAACUCUACAAGUAUUACUACACCUGGCAAUUGUUUACAUUCAUAUGAAGUGCAGUAGAGUCUCAUCAAAAGGCUUAAAAUGUUGUACAAUAUUGUAAGAGUUUUGAAAGUGUAAUAUGCAAAUAUUUAAUAAUGCUUUGUGAUUAGGUUCUUAUUUUUCAAAUGACAGGAUAGUUUUUGUUAAUACUUUAAGAGAGACUCUUUCUUCUUUUCAUGUACAGUCCCCCAAAAAAGUAUUGUUAGAUUUUCCUUCGCUACAAUUUGAAACGCUAGAUGAAAUGCAUUGAUAUGAUCCUAGUGCAUCAUAAGUUGGUAUGCCUGCUCACCAUAUUGGCAACAGAACAGCAAGAGAUGGGGGUAGGAUUUGGGGAGGAAGUCAUCCUUGAAUAGCAUACUAGGUACUUCAAUAUAACAAGAAAUCCAUUAAGGUAUAUUAAUGUAUGUAUUGUUCGAAAACGUAUAUACCAACCAUUCAGAAACAGGUCGAGUAACAUUGCUCGGAAAGCCUCAAAUCACAUCGACCCCUUGGCUAAGUGAUACUAAUUUGGGGGGAAGGGGGGGGAACUGUACAAAUAAUUAAUUCAUAUGUAUCCAUAAUAUCUUGUCUGUCUAAUCUUCCUACACAUUAUAGAUUUUCUUAAUAGCUUUUAUAGAUUUUUUAUUAUUCAUUUUGCAAAAUUUGUAUAGAAAGCUAAUUUUAUGUAUUCUAUCAAA